AUCAUCCGCGGAGCAGUGUACCGCUUCUCCGUCGAAACCUAGAAAGCUGCAUUCGGACAGCUUCUGGAUUCUUGGAAGCGCUCGUUCUCUGUCUCUCUGAAGCCUCGUCCGUACGUCAAUGGCGGGAAGGAGGAGAGGCCGAUGCGGUGGCGGGGUGGAGGUGCUGGAGUCGAUCUACUCGGUUGUCGCCCUCGUCCUCAUCCUCGUCGCAUGUGUCGAGCUCGGUGACGCCGCCACCGCCGUCGACGUCUACCGCCUGAUCCAGUACGAUCUAGCCGGCGUGCCUUACGGAUCUCGCUUCGGCGGCCUCAACCAUCACGCCGGCGCUUUCCCCUUUGCUCCCGGCGCCGAUUUCUCCCGCACCGUCGUCAUGAUGCCUGUCCGGGAGCUGAAUUUCACCUUCCUUCGGGAGUACAUCAUCAAUAAGCAGCAAUUAGGAGGCUUGUUAUUUUUGCUUCCUCAAAAGGUUAGCAAAAAGAUUGUUGGGGAGAUCAAGAGCAAAGAUGAUGGGCUCAUGAGAAAAAUAUUGGUUGAGUUGGAACAAUUGCUCAUACAUGCCAGCAUACCUUAUCCAGUUUAUUUUGCAUUUGAGGAUGAUAAAAUCAAUGCUUUAUUAGCUGAUGUCCGGAGAAGUGAUGCUACUGGCCAACCUGCCACAGCAACCACUGGCGGCUACAAGUUGGUUGUUUCAUCACCAGAGCCUAAAAAGUUAUCAUCUCCAACAAUAACAAACAUUCAGUUAACUUGGAUUAUAUGCCAGGGAUGGUUGCCAGGGCUGAAAGGAGAUGGAGAUACCAAUCAACUGCCAACAAUUGCUGUAGUUGCACCAUAUGAUACUUUUGGUGCUGCGCCGGCACUCUCUGUGGGAAGUGAUGGUAAUGGGAGUGGAGUUGUGGCUCUUUUAGAGAUAGCAAGACUUUUCUCACGUCUUUAUUCAAAUCCAAAGACCCGAGGAAGAUAUAACCUUCUUUUUGGGUUAACAUCCGGCGGACCUUAUAACUAUAAUGGAACUCUUAAGUGGCUAAGGAGUUUUGAUCAACGGUUACGAGAGAGCAUUGACUAUGCCAUAUGCUUGAAUAGUAUUGGUUCUUGGAACAAUGAGUUAUGGAUUCAUGUGUCCAAGCCUCCAGAAAAUGCCUACAUAAAACAAGUUCAUGAAAGUUUGUCAGAUGUUGCAAAAGAGCAAGGAGUUACCAUUGGUAUAAAGCACAAGAAGAUAAAUAUCUCAGACCCAAGAGUUGCCUGGGAGCAUGAGCAAUUUUCAAGGUUAAGAAUAACUGCUGUCACACUUUCUGAGCUUUCUGCUGCACCUGAAUUGCUCAAAAAUACAGGAGGACUUUAUGACACAAGGGAUUCAGUGGAUGAAGCUGCAGUCUACAGAAGCAUCAGAUUAAUUGCAGAGAGUCUUGCGAGGCAUAUUUAUGGAUACCAAGGCAGGAACAUUCAGAUAUUCGCAGAUAAUAGUAGUUUGGCUGUAAAUCCUUCUUAUGUUAAGUCAUGGUUGGAUCUUUUGUCACGGACACCUCGAGUGGGACCCUUUCUUUCGAAGACUGACCCAAUUAUCUCUGCAUUGAAAAAGGAAUUAUCUGAUCACACGGUUGAGGUGCAUCUGCAACAUGAGAUGAUUGAUGGGAUGUUCAGUUUUUAUGAUUCUACAAGGGCAACACUUUACAUAUAUCAGGUUGCAAGUGUUGCUUUUGAUCUUCUUUUACUUCUAGUACUGGGAUCAUAUCUAAUUCUCCUCUUCAGUUUCCUUGUUAUCACCACACGGGGCCUUGAUGAUCUAAUUAAUAUGUUCCGGCGGCCUCCAUCCCGGAAGGUCAAGGCAUCAUGAGCUUUUGUAGUUAAUUUUCCCCCAAGGACAGCAGCAAAGUCUUCGGUUAUAGCCAGCUGACAAACAUCAAGUGGAUGUUUGUGUGUUCACCUUGCCGUCCAUUUCUGUGAGGGCUUUUUGUUCUUCAUUUUUUGAGGCAAAUGUUACAAAUCCAAAUCCUUUUGAUCCCUUGGAGACUGCCCAUUGUUUUUUUUUGGCUGGAGACAAUUAUGUCAGAAAUGAGACACGGCUUGUUUGCUCGUAAGAACUAAAGCAGCACCAGAUUUCUGGAAGAUAUUGGAAGACCUUCAAUCCCUUGGCCAUAUUGUGAAAACACUUCAGAUAAGGCUUCCUCUGUUGUGUAGAAUGAAGGGCCUGUGAAUUUUGAGAUGCAAUUGACGCAGCAUAAGAUCCAUAUGGAAGUUGAUACAGAUGCUUUUUAUCUCAUGGUAGAGCAAUUGCUGCUAAUUCAGCCUGUCGGGCAAUUUCCAUUUUUAUCUCUUGAUAGGGCAAUUGCUACUAAUUCAGCCCGUAGGGCUGUUUCCAUUCGCAGUAUCUUGUGCAUUCUACAUAGCUUUAAUAAAUAGAUGA